CGAGCCGCGCAGUUAGUUAUACACGCCAGUAGUGCUUCGACCGAGAGCUCUCCGAACGCAUCGCGUCGCAAAAUCGUGUGCAGUGCACAGAACCGCAACGACACAGAGUGAAUAAUUAGAGCGACAAAACUCGAGGGAAAAAACAUCGUCGAGGAAAUUUUGAUAAUUCGAUACAAACGUGUGCGUGCGCGCGAGUGAGUGAGUGUGGGUGAGGGUGUGUACACGUGCGUGUGCGCGUGUGUUAUAUAUACAGUGCAGAUCAGCUCGUCCGAUUAUACAUCGUAUUUUAUAAAUAUUAUACACGAAGUCUCCGAGGGAGUUAUGAGGUCGGUCGAUCGUUGGCUCGUCAGCGUCGAGGAUUGAUCGGGCAAUAAGUCAACGAAAAGAUAAAAAUGUUGAAGAGCUUCGUCGUCUGGUGGUGCCUGCUGCUGCUGAUCGCCAGAGCUCAGCAAGAGCCCCAUCAGCUCGAUCCCCAAAGAAACGGCAUCAACAGGGGUUACAUAUUCACGGCGCCGAAGCGGCUCAUCGCCGGCGAGACGGAGAACGUGUGUCUGUCGCUGCACAACGUCGAGCCGCCGGUGCACGUGAGCAUCGACCUGCUCGGUCUGCAAUCCGGCGGCGGCGGCAGCGGGCCCGCGGCCGAGGCGUCAUCGUCGUCGUCGUCGGGUCAGUCCGCCGGCAGCACCAGCAGUCCCACGAGCACGAGUAGUAGCAGCAGCGGCGGCGGUGGCAACGCCGAGGACGACGUGCUGUCGAGCGUCCGAACGACCUUCAGAACUGGAAGCGAGACGUGCUUCGAGCUGCGUGUCGCGACCAACACGAAGCACAGCUACGCCAAGCUGCGUCUACGGCUGCAGUUCGAGAAGCACAAAGACUACGUGGUCGAGGCCGAGAAGAAGAUCGUCAUCGAGCACGAUGCUCUCGUCACCUUCGUCGAGACGGACAAAGCCAUCUACAAGCCCGGUCAGGACGUCAACAUUAGGAUACUCUCGCUGAAGCACGACUUCAAGCCUUGGACGAAGCCGAUCGCUAAGGUCUGGAUCGAGAAUCCGGCGGAGGUGCGAGUCGCCCAGUGGACCAACCUGACGUCCGAAAACGGCAUGAUCCAGAUCAAGUUCCCUUUAUCUUCGGAACCGAGCUCGGGUCUCUGGCGUAUCAAGGUGGAAAAAGCCCGACCGCAGCUGAUCCAGCAGCGCCAGUUCGAGGUGCGCAAGUACGUCCUGCCGCGCUUCGAGGUCACGAUCGCCGCUCCGGCCUACGUGCUCGCGGACGCUCGCCAGGUCAGCUGGAAGGUGUGCGCUCGCUACCGCUACGGCGAGCCGGUGCGCGGCCUGCUGCGCUUGAGCCUGCGUCCCCAGCAGGCCACCUGGCGUCGCAAGUCCCAGUCCAGUCCGCAGGCCGAGCUGCGCCAGGAGCAGGCCAUGGACGGCUCCAGCAACGACGGCUGCUUCAACUACACCGUGCCGGCGGAUCUGCUCGGCCUGGCCAACUGGAAGCUGGCCCCGAGCGGUCUUCAGCUCGUGGCGAACUUCAGCGAGCAGCGCACCGGCCUCGCCGAGCAGGCCACCAGUCGCAGCCCGGUGCUGCAUCAGCCCCUGAAGCUCGAGUUCGCCCCGCACACGCCCAAGCACUUCAAGCCCGGUCUGCCGUAUCACGGCAAGCUGAGAGUGCUGAAGCCCGACGGCUCGCAGCCGGCCCCCAACGAGCGCGUCCAGCUGUGUCUGCGGGUGCGCCGCAAGGACGAGUGGCAGCGCAGCCUCGUCGAGUGUCGCAACUUCAGCUCGUCCAACGCCGAGGGCUAUCUGGACUUCGUGGUGCCGCCGCAGCCGCGCGGCAUCGUGCUGCUGAGCUUCGUCGCCACCGCCUUGGAGUACCCAACCAAGUACUACUCGCCGGACAAGCGCUGGCGCGUCUUCGUCGACCAGCCGUCGGCCUACAUCGACGUCGAGCCCUGGUACUCGCCCUCGUCGAGCUACCUGUCGCUCGGCCGCGGCUAUCAGCCCAUCGUCUGCGGCGAGAAGUACUCCUUCAACGUCAUGUACACGGCGGGCCUGCCGUCGGUCUUCGACGCGGCCAACAAGGACGGACUGGAGCAGCAGCAGCCCGUCACCUUUCACUACUCCAUCAACUCCAAGGGCGAUCUGCUGGUGUUCGGCCACGUCAAGUACAAGCCGCGCAAGGACACGCUGCUCGACUACAGCGAGUUUCGCAACGUGCUGGGCGCCACCCCGACCAGCAGCGUGGUGGUGCCGAUUCCCGGCCUCGAUCAGCAACCACAGACCUCGUCGACGACACCGGCCGUGCAUCGAUUCCCGCUAAGCGUGAAGAUCACGCCGAGCAUGAGUCCCAAGAGCGAGCUGCUGCUCUAUUACGUGCGCAGCGACGGCGAGGUUGUGAGCUCGAGCCACACCAUCGAGGUCGGACACUGCUUCGAGAACCCGGUGAAGACGGCCUGGCACGAGGAUCGAUUGGCACCGGGUGGACUGGCGCGAUUCCACAUCGAGGCGGCGCCAGACUCGUUGUGCGGACUGUCGGCCGUCGAUCGGUCGACUCGAUUCCUGAAGCCGUUGCUGGUGUCGAGCCAAGAGCCGAAUCUGUUGGACGCCGAGGCGGCGUUCGGCAGGUUGGCCGGGUUCCAUCUGCCCGCGGAUAGUCUGCCCGUACAGAGCACUUGGGCCCAUUGUACCUCCGACAAAUCUCUAGCCCCGGACGACGGGACUCUGGAACCGGAUUCGCCCGAGGAGGAAAUCGACCAUUUGCCCAGGCCCGUGGCUAAGGCAGUUCCUCAUCCGGUCUCGCGCAAGCGACGACACUCCGUCAUCUACAACAUCGGCGCCAACUACGUCGACGCCAUUCAGGCCUUCGACGAUUUCGGAGUGAUCGUCAUCAGCGAUCUGAUCCUCGAGUCGAGGCCGUGUCCGCCCUGGCGCUCGAAUCUCGGCCAGGUGCCGCUCGGCUUGCCCGGAUCGGACGAGGUCGACGAGCCGGAUCGAUCGUUGAAGGCCGUAAAAGCCAUGCCUCUGGCGUUCCAAUUCAGCGGACCCACGGGUUCGCUGAGCGAGUUGGCCGCCGUGGCCCAGGACACGAACUACGCCGAUCCCCUGGCGCUGGAGCUGCAGUCGAUCAGCGCCAUACGAUCCUACUUUCCGGAGACUUGGAUCUGGGAUCUGAUACCGACGGGACCCGAGGGCAAGGCACUGGUCGAGCGCAAUCUGCCCGACUCUAUAACCGACUGGGUGGCCAACACCGUCUGCGUCUCGGCCAAGAGCGGCCUCGGCAUCGCCAGCCCGGCCCAGAUCACCGCCUUCCAGCCGUUCUUCCUCGACUACAGUCUGCCCUACAGCGUGAAGCGUCACGAGCGCGUCCGCCUCAAGGUCUCGCUCUUCAAUUACAUGCAUCACAGUCUGCCCGUCGCCAUCACUCUGCGCGUCGACGACCACCAGCGCGACUUCGAGCUCGCCUCCAACGCCAGCGCCGAGGUGUUCUACUGCAUCGACGCCAAGGACAGCGUGUUCCACGAGUUUCUCGUAAUGCCGCGACGUCUCGGCGAGAUCAACGUCACGAUCGUGGCGGAGGUCAAGGCCAACUCCAAUCUGGCCGCGAGGCAGCUGGUGGCCGCGUGCGGACCCGGCGGCGGGCCCGCACUGCCGAUCGCCGCCCGCGACGAGAUCGUCAAGCCGCUGCUCGUCAAGGCCGAGGGCUUCCCCGUCGAGCUGACUCGCUCGGCCUUCCUCUGCCCCAAGGACUUCCACGACGACGUCUCGCUCACCUGGGAGCUGGACCUGCCCAACGGGGGCUCGGGCGACGAUCGCCUCGUCGAGGGCAGCGCCAGCGCCUACGUCACGGUGAUCGGCGACGUGCUCGGGCCCGCGCUCGACAAUCUCGAGCGACUGGUCCGGCUGCCGAUGGGCUGCGGCGAGCAGAACAUGAUCCUCUUCGUGCCGAACAUCCACGCGAUCGGCUACCUCGACGCGAUGAACCGUCACGCGGCCUCGGACGUGCGAGCUCGGGCACUGCGCAACAUGCUCAAGGGCUACCAGCGCCAGCUGAACUAUCGCCACGCCGACGGCUCGUACUCGGCCUUCGGACCCGGGGCAGCCGGUGGACCACCCGAGGUUCUGCCGGUGGCUCAGCAGCAGCAGCAGCAGCAACAGCAGCAGGAGACGGGCUCGAUGUGGCUCACGGCGUUCGUGGUCAAGUCGCUGGCGCAGGCCCGAGGCCUUAUACCCGUGGACGAGCGAGACCUCAAGCUCUCCGUCAAGUGGAUCGUGCGCCGUCAGCUGGAGAACGGCUGCUUCCCCGUGAUCGGUCAGAUCUUCCACAAGGACAUGAAGGGUGGACUCAGAGAGGAGGAUGGUUCGUCCUCGGCGCUAACUGCCUACGUGCUGGUCGCUCUGCUCGAGUCAGGGGUUCCUCUGUCAGCGUCCCUCGUCAAUAACGCUCUGUACUGUCUGGAAAAGGCCGCCGACAACAGUAAUCCGUACUCCGCGGCCCUGGCCACCUACGCCCUGGCCCUGCUCGAGCAUCCGCGCGCCAACGAGAGCCUGCGUCAGCUGCUGGGCCGAGCCUCGCGCGAGCAGGACUCGCUCUGGUGGGAGGACCGCGCCCGGGGCUCGUACUCGCUGGCGGUGAGCAUCGAGACCACCGCCUACGGACUCCUGUCCAUGGUCAAGCUCGGCGGCGAGGCCAACAUGCUCGAGGCUCGGCGCGCCGUGCGCUGGCUGUCGCGCAAGCGCAACGCCGAGGGCGGCUUCAGCUCGACCCAGGACACGGUCGUGGGCCUCGAGGCGCUCACCAAGUACGCCCUGGCCAUGGCCAACACCAGCGCCCUGGAUCUCAGCCUGCUGGUCACCGCCACGGACUUCGAUCAUCUGUUCCGCGUGGACGACGACAAUCGCAUGCUGCUCAAGCGCAUCGGCCUGCCGAGUCUGCCGACGAGUCUCGAGGUGCUGGCCGAGGGCGAGGGCUGCGUGCUGGUGCAGAGCACGCUGCGCUACCACAAGGCAGGCGCCCAGGGCAGCGAGGCGUUCGAGCUCACGGCCCAGGCCGAGACGGUGACGCCCCUGCCGGGGGGGAUGCAGGUCGAUUCCAACGACGAGUCGGCUACGACCACCACCGCUACCGCGACGCCCAACGAUCGUUGCGCGCUUCAGCGGCUGGUGGUGUGCGCGCGCUACAAGCUGCCCGACGAGGAGAGCAACAUGGCCGUGAUGGAGAUCGGCCUGGUGAGCGGCUUCGUGGCCGACAAGGCCAGCCUGCACGACAUGCUGCAGGAGCCCGCCACGGGGGUGAAGCGCGUCGAGGACAAUCCCGACUCGAUCGCCGUCUACUUCGACAAGCUCACGUCGCAGAGGACCUGCGUGUCGCUGCAGGCGAGCCGCGAGACCGUCGUGGAGAAUCCCGAGCCGGCCAACAUCAAGCUCUACGAUUACUAUCAGCAGGAGCUCACGAUCUCCACGAGCUACCGAUUCGCCGACGUGUGCGAGGACAAGGAGACGAAGAGCGAAGAGGGAGCGGUGAAUCGCGAGCCGAACGAGCCCGAGGCGCGCAAAAUGCAGCGCCAGGACAAUCGCAUGAGCGUCGAGGAGUCGUCGCGCAAGGUCAAUCAGAUAACCGAUCAGACGAGCGGUGGCACGCGAGACAAGAAGAUCGAUCAAGCCUCGUUGAGGCAGCGAUCGGUGACGAUCGAGGCGCAUCCGCCGAUCGAGGAGGACGAACUGGACCCGGAAGGCAGCGGACUGUUCGAGGCCGAGGGCGAGCUCGUCCCGGUGAAACCGAUCACGCCCGGGCCCAGCGACGCGGACGACGCCAUCGACGAGGGCUUCCUGCCGUCCUUCGUCAACGUCGAUCACGAGCUCGAGGUGCCCGACGGCGUCGAGGGUCCGCCCCCUGUCUACGUCGAGGCACCCGUGACGAAUCACGUCUCGCUACCACCGCCGCCCGUUUACGACAGCGACGAGAGUCCGACCAGCAAACCGUACGAGGACGUGGCCGAGCAGACGAGCGACCAAGCGAACUCGAUCAAUUGUCCGCGCUGCGAGGACAGACUGCCCUCGGACUUCAAGCAGAUGUACUGCUCGUCGCAGAGCGUCGUCAAGGUCGCCGUGAGACGGGCGCGCAAGGCUCGGCUGCUGCUCGACGUCAGUCCGCUGUACAGCUCGCCCAAGAGGCUGCGCUUCACCGUCGAGCUCGAUCCGGUCUGCUCCUGUCCGCCGGUCGACAAACCUGGAAACAUGGCCUUGCUGCUGAGCUCCAGCGAAGUUUUAGAUUUAGCCACAUCGACCGACAAGACGAAAAUCAUUCUGGACAAGAGCAUGACGAUGAUAGUUCUUCCUUCGAUAAUCGGCCCUCCACUCGAGAUCAAGCAAGCUCAGCUUUUCUGUCCACCGACGCAAUGAGAUCACACCAAAUAUAUUCAUCGUUCGAACAUCAUCGUGAUCAUUUAUGAAAAUCCGUUCGAUUCCCAAAACUUACGCAUCUAAUUUUCAUCAUUAGCCGAUAGAUUUCUGUAGCCCCCGAAAUAUCAAAACGAUAGCGAAUGCACACGCGAGUGAAACUCUUUUUUUUCUCCCAUUAUUAUUAUACGAAUUAAGAGAUUUUUUAUACUUAGAGUAAGUUCAAUGUUUGUACGUUAAAGCUAUAUGUAAACUUUCAUACUCAUACGAUGUUGCGAUAAAAAAAAUAAAGUAAAAUUUAAUUGUUGA